CAACUUUCCAAUUAAUUAAGUUCAAAGGUGUGUUCUACCUCCACACCACAGCGCCGCGCCGAUGGGUGCUGACAAGGGCUACAGCACCGGUCCUGCGCCCGUAGCCAUGGAUGUUGACAAGACUCACAAGACUGAGACAGAGCUCCUGCCAGUCACGGUGCUGAGCGGCUUUCUGGGGGCUGGCAAGACCACUUUGUUGCAACACGUGCUUCACAACCAGGACGGCCUGCGUGUGGCUGUGAUCGUCAAUGACAUGGCAGAGGUCAACAUCGAUGCCAUGUUGGUGAAUUCUGACCAGGUGCCAACGGCGCCAUCCGUGCUAUCCCAGGUGCUGACCGUGCAAGACAAAAUGGUCGAGAUGCAGAACGGCUGCAUUUGCUGCACUUUGCGAGACGACCUCAUCGAACACGUCACCCACCUGGCGGAGGAGAAACGCUUCGAUUAUCUCUUGAUCGAAAGCACUGGCAUCUCUGAACCGAUGCCCGUGGCCGCCACCUUUGUUACGGAAGUGGAGGGCAAGGCCAUGCUGGGGCAGGUGGCGAGGCUGGAUACCCUGGUGACGGUGGUGGAUGGCAAGAAUUUCUUCGAGACCUAUGGAACCACUGAGAGGCUGGUGGACCGCCCCCAGUUGGGCGCAGAGAAUGGAGACCAGCGGAACAUUGCGACACUACUGGCAGACCAGGUGGAGUGCGCCAAUGUCAUUGUGAUUAACAAGGUGGAUUUGCUGCAGGAGGAAGAGAUUCUGCAGCUGGAAGCAUUGCUGAAAAAGAUGAACCCCAAGGCAGAAUUGGUGCGCUCCAGUUAUGGCAAGAUUGACCUGAAGUUGGCGCUGAACACGCACCGUUUUGAUUUCGCAGAAGUGCAGAAAAUGCCCGGCUGGCUACAAGAGCUGCAGGGGGGCCAUACGCCCGAAACUGAGGAAUACAACAUCUCCAGCUUGGUCUUCCGUUCUGACAAGCCCUUCCACCCGGACCGCUUGGAGCAGCUGAUGUUCGAAGGCUUCGACGAUUUGCUGCGGUCCAAGGGCCUGCUGUGGGUCGCUGGACGGGACCACGCAGCCCUGGUCUGGGGCCAGGCAGGUGGUGCGGUGACCCUCGAGGCAGGCGCCUGGGCACAUGGAUCAGUGCCCACGGAGCAGUGGCCUCCGCAUUUGGAAAAGUACAAGACGAGGCCGUAUGGUGACAAGCGCACAGAGUUGGUCUUCAUCUCUCGAGAUUUAGACAAGGAAGCGCUCCGAAAACGUCUCGAGAAUGCACUGGUCACGGAUGAAGAGUUCCAGCUGGGGCCAAAAGGUUGGGAGAAGUUCAUCAAGGAUUGAGAUUUCACGAAGAAUUUGUGAUUUUGGAUGGUGUGGGGCAAAACAAUUGGAUGAUUUUAGAUGUAUAGAAAUUUAUAUGUACAGCUAGUCUGUUGCAAUGAUACGACUUUCGAUGCCAAGUGAGCUCAGUCGUCGAGGGGUGAUGAAUUGAUGAUUUGACCCAGCUUUAACGGUCACAGCGGUAAAACAGCAGCG